AUGAUGACUUCGGUAUUGGCCACUAUUUUUAUUCUCAUAUUUUGUAUGUUUCAACAUAUUUCUAGUCAUUUUGAAGACAUCGAUCUCACAUAUGCUUCAGGUAGGGUUUAUUCAAAAAAAAUUGAUGAAAUUUGGAAAAAUUAGUAUAUUUUUGAAAAUGAAAACAUACUCACAUUCAGAAGAUGUGCUUAUUGGUGGUGUUAGAAAAAUAAGAACAUUUUUGCAAAAGUACUGCAGAAAAAUUUGAUUGAUACAAAAAAAGUUAUUUCUAUUCGAAAAAUUGUUCCGUGAAAAUUAUCAGUUUUGAUCAAAAAUAAUUGUUCAAAAUCUGAAAUUCGCGGGAUUUUGAUUUACUGGUUUUCAUUCAUUUUGGUUCAAUUUUUUUGUAAUAAUAUUUUUUUUAUUUUUGUCGUCUUUUCAAUAGCCGCAAAAAUUUUUCCAGCUUUUCCCGAAUCUUGAAUUUGAUAACAAACAUUGAGAACAAAAAAAGACCAAUGUAUUUCUGAAAAAAUGAUAAAAACUGUAUAACAUGUUAUUCGGGUUCUUUCAAUUUCCUUGUUUCUCUGUUUGUAUGUGUUUUUUAUUGCGCAAUAAUUAUUCCAGUCGAUCGAAUGCAAAAAUAAGAAUGAAUAAAUCCGUGUUAUUAUCUUUUAUUCAUUUAUCACAAACGAAAAAGAGAAAAAAAAUCAAUUGUACAAACAAUUGAUAUGGAAAUAAAUCUACACAGCUGAAGCUUGUGGCAAAAAGAGAAAAUGAAAAUUGAAGAACACGAAAAAUCAGUAGACAAAAUCCAGUUAUUGUUGAUAUUGCCUAAUUGAUAUCUGACAUUGGCAGAAGGGAGUGGAAAAUAAAAGUUUUAUCAAAGCUAUCAGAAAAAUUUCACUUAUUAAUUUGAAAAUACGAAUAAACAACAAAAACUAGACUUUAUUUUAUUUUAUAGUCCAAUAUUUUUUAUAGAUUCGGAACUUGAAAAAAUACAAGAAUAUUUGGCAAAACAAAUGAGCAAUAUUGAUUAUGUUUUGAGACGAAAAAAACGAAGUAUAUCACCAAUUUCAUCAUCAUUACCAAAUCGAGAAUCAGCUGGAUUUUUAAGUAGGAUUGGCGCGAUUCGAAAAACUAUUGAAGAAAAUACUGUGCAGAACAAAACAUCUGAAAAUGAGAUAACACCAACACCAUUGAGUGAAAAUCAAGAUGCACCACAGGCAGAUAUUCCAACAAAAUUUGAAAGUGGAAAAUUUCAAAAAGUAUGUUUCAGCAAAAAAUCUUUCGAUCAACAAAAAUAUUUCCAAUUGUAGAUCAAUGAUUCAUUGACUGAAUGCAAAAAACUAUCACAGCCUGAACUUGUUGCUGAACUCAAACAAAAAGGAACAUAUAAUCCCGAACUGAUGGCUUGGGAUGCAAUAGGUGUGAUAAGAUUUUUGGAUCGCACACUUCACGAACAUUAUCAAGUGAGAUAUUUAUUUAUCAUGUUUUUGUCACUUUUUGAUGAUUGAUGUUUCAGAAAAAUCCCAAUCCGCAGCAAAAUAAUAGCAAGACGAAACCGAAAACUGAGGUUAUUGAUAAAAAUGUUGAAGCAUUGGAAAAACUUAUGAAAGAGCUUAAUGUUACGUGUGAUAUUAAAUCAGAAGUUUUAAGAAAUAAACUGCAAAGUUUAACGUUGUAAGUUCUCGUGAUACGUGAAAAAUAUUGAAUUUGAAAAUUUUUUUUAGCUCUGAUCCACGUCGAACAAUAAUUUCACCAUCUCUCCGACGAUCGAAGAGAAUGGAUAGCGUUUCAUCAUUUUUGAAAAGUAUCAAUGUGACGGUGAAUGAAGAGUAUAUUCCACAAAUGUCUGAUCAACCAUUGACAACAGAAAAUGAGCGUGUAACAGUUCGUCAAAAACUUAUCGGUUAGUUUUAUUUCUGAAAUAAACCAAUGGGAAAAAGUUGUUCAUAUUUGAAUAAAAAAACAUUUAUUCUUGUUGAGAAAAAUGUAUAGUAAUUCAAAAUAUGCCUAUCCACUUGAAAUCCGCUGUUUUUUCUAGGAGAAUCUCAUGUUGUUCCAUUUGGUUGUGAUAAACGAGGUGCAGAAGAAGAUGGUUAUUUGAGGUUAUGUGGUGCUUGUCAAGCCAUCCGACGAUUACCGGACACUUUUUUCCCACCAUUCAUCAAUGAAGUUACAUGUGAUACAGACAAGGCUUGUCUAUAUUUUUAUGAUUACCGUGAGUGGUUUUUAUUUCUAUCAAAUAUCUCAAUCAAAAAAUUGCAGCUCACGGUAAGUGUCGACAAAAGCAUAUGAAUUUUGUGGUUCUUCGUAAUGUUGGAACAAAAGAAUGUCAGGUUUGGAAGAAGUUCAAUUUAAAUGUUCGAGUUUCAUGCGAAUGUUUUGUUGGUGAGUUAAUCCUACUGUGUUAUAUCAUCUUUUUCAAAAAAACGUUUUUUCAGAUGAAAUGUCAUUCUUUGCGAAAUAUGUAUAA